UAUGUCUAAUACAGUCAUGGUUUGUGGUGGUUCCAAGAAGUAUCUGAAGCAAGCAGCAGCUCCGUAGCAUUAGAUACUGGAUAAAUUGACCCAUGUGUUUGCUCCUCAUCAAUCCACACAUCUCCACAAGCUGAGAGAGUGUCUCUCCCUCAUCAUUUUCCUAAGGAACAGACUUACGUAUGUUCAACAGGAAAUGAAAUAAAGGAUAUUUGCAUGCAGAGGUUCAUUAAGAUCAAUGGCAAGGUCCGAGCUAAUGUAAUCUGCCCUGCUGGAUUCAUGGGUGUCAUGAACACUGACAAGACAGGAGAGAAUUUCCAUCUAAUCUGUGACACCAAGGUUCCCUUUGCUUUCAUCAUAUUGCACCGGAGGAGGCCAAGUUACAAGUUGUGCAAAGUGAGAAAAAUCUUUGUGGACACAAAAGGAAUCCCUCAUCUGGUGACUCAUGAUGUUCACACCAUCUGCUACCCUGAUACCCUCAUCAUGGUGAAGGAUACCAUUCAGAUUGAUUUGGAGAAUGGCAAGAUGACUGGUUUCAUCAGGUUUGACACUGGUAACCUGUGUAUCAUGGCUGGAGGUGCUAACCUGGGAAGAAUUGGUGUGAUCACCAAAAGAGAGAGGCACUCUGGUUCUUUUGACAUGCUUCAUGUGAAAGAUGCCAACAGCAACAGCAAGACACCAUCAAUUUCUCUUCCCUGAGGAAAGGGUAUCCGUCUUACCAUUGCUGAAGAGACAGACAGAGACUGGUGGCCAAGCAGAGCAGUGGGUGAAAUGGUCUCUGGGUGGCGUGUUAGACCUUUGUACAUAAUUAAAAAUAAUAUG